AAACCCCUCCUAACUCCUCCCUAAACCCCACCCUAACCCCUCCUCCAGGGGGCGUUCUUUGGGGCCGCCGCCUUGCGUCGCUCUCUAUAUCUGAAAGCUCUGUUCCUCCAGGCCUCCUCAGGACUCUGCUGCCCAGGCGGUCACCUGGUUGGCCCAUGCCCAGGGCCGGUCCUGGCUGUGUGUGUGGGUUCCCUCCGGGUACUCUGGGUUCUGUGGGUUCUCCGGGUGCUCCGGCGUCCUCCAACGGUCCAAAACCAUGCAGGUGAAGAGACGAGCAGCUGUGGACCGAGGAGGCGACCCGCUGGAGGAGGGACCUGGACAGACCUGGACAGACCCGGCAGAACCAGACCUGCUGUGAGGGUCUGCUGGGACCGCCUGGCAGCAGGGUUUUCAACUCCCACCUCCAGGAGAGCUUCUCCAGACCCUGAGGGACGCUGGGGACCCUGAGUCCCAGUGGACCAUGUCCUCCAUGGUCGAAGCAGCUCCAGGUCUCCGGUUCUGCCCUGGUGGAACCCAGAACCCGGUGGCGGAGACAGGAAGUGAGGACAGCGGUCAUGGACACAGAGGAGGACACGGAGGAGGACUACCGGUCUGCCUCCAAGACCUGCUGUCCAACUGUCCAGUGUCUCAGGAGGGACAGCAGGGCGGAAGCGGAAGCGGAGCUCGUGAAAAGUUGUGUAGUUUGUGGCGGGUGUGAUUUGGAGCGGUGCGGUGAGCUGGGAUUGGAUACCGGCUCUGGUCCCGGCACUGGUCCCGGCUCUGGUUCCGGUCCCGGCCCUGGUCCCGGCCCUGGUCCCGGCGGGACCCCCUCCGGCCCCCAGAUGGCCUCCGCGGGGCUCCGGGGCCGGUUCCUCUACAGCCUGCCCUCCUCCGUCAUCUCGGACUUCUGCCGGGCCAUGGACUCCCUGUCGGACCCGGACUGGACCCGCUUCGCGUCGGAGGUUCUGCGGAACAUGACGGAGGUGCGGCUGGCGGACCGGCGGGAGCGGCGCACCGACUGGGUUCUGACGCACCUGGAGAACCGCAACGAGCAGGUGGGCUACCUGCUGGACGUCCUGGAGCGGCUGCAGCUGCUGCGGCAGCGAGACAUCAUCCUGAGCCUGAUGUCCAGCCUGACCCCGGCCCCCCUCCCCCCUCCUCCAACCCCCCCUCCUCCCCCUCCCCCUCCCCCUCCUCCACCCUCCUCUCAAGUUACGUCUCCUGUGCUCCACCCUCAGGCUGCGAGUCCACACCCCGAAGGCGGUGGGGGCGGAGCUUCACUCCCCCCACCGGCCCCGCCCCCUUCUGGCCUGCAGUCCGGCAUUCUGCACGAGGCCCAGGCCGCCGGCGUGGCGACGUGCGGCGCUGCAGUGAUGUGCUGGAGGUAUGAAGAGGUGCAUGCUGGGACAGCGGGGUUCUCCCCCGCCCGGCAGGUGGGCGAGGGCGGCUUUGGAGUGGUGUACCGAGCGUCGCUGAGGAACACCGACUGCGCCGUGAAGAGGCUGAGAGAGGACGGACCGCUGGACUGGAACCUGCUGCGGGACAGCUUCCACAACGAGGUGGAACAGCUCUCCACGUUCCGACACCCGAACAUUGUGGACCUGCUGGGCUUCAGUGUCGGAGGAGGUUCUAUGUGUCUGAUCUACAGCUACAUGGAGAACCGGUCCCUGGAGGACCAGCUGCACAACGGCGGGCCGGUUCUGUCCUGGUCUCAGAGGAUCCGCAUCGUGACGGAAGCUGCGGCAGCGCUGCAGUUCCUCCACUGUCCUCCAGGAGGACAGAUGUCCCUGAUCCACGGAGACGUCAAGAGCUCCAACAUCCUGCUGGACCGCCACCUGGUGGCCAAGCUGUCGGACUUCGGCCUGGCCCGGUUCCGCCCGGUUCCGUCCGGCGGCCGGACCAGCAGGACCGCCUCGGUGGGCAGAACCCAGACGGUGCGCGGAACGCUGGCCUACCUGCCGGACGAGUACGUGAGGAACGGGGAGCUGGGGACGCCGCUGGACGUCUUCAGCUUCGGAGUGGUUCUGCUGGAGGUUCUGACGGGACGGCGGGCGGUGGAGAAAGACGAGGCGUCUCGAGAUCGAUACCUGAAGGACCUGGUGGAGGAUCUGGAGGAGGCGGGGUCAGGUUCCGGUCCAGAUGUGUGGCUGAAACAGCUGGAUGGACGCCUGACAGCAGGAGCCGCGGAGCCGCUGGGCUGCCUGCAGGUGGCAGCACUGGCUGCCAGCAGCCUGAGGAGGACCUGGAAGAAGAGGCCCAGGAUGACCACGGUCUUUGAGAACCUGGACGACGUCCACCGCCGCCUGAAGGAGUCCCGCUUGUCCCCGUGGCCCCGUCCUCCAGACGGGCCCCCCAGACCCCCCAGCACCCUGGAGUCCAGUCUGGUCCAGCAGAUGUCUAGACUGGGACCAGGAGAGGACUGCUCCUCCUCGUCCUCCUCCUCCUCCUCCUCCUCCUCCUCCUCCUCCUCGCUCGCCCCCCCUCACCCGCUGCACUCAUCCUCCUCCCUCCCUCCGUCCUCCUGGUCCUGGUCCUCGUCCUCCUUGGCUGGUCCCUGUGAGACGGAUGAGAGUCGAGGGUUCUCUCAGUACCUCCGGUCCAACGGGACCAGCGGCGCUGGUCUGCCUGCAGGACCGGACCGGGACGGAGCGGGGUCCCCCGGGACGUCCCUGCAGUCCACGUCUCCUGGACUCUCAGUCGUCUUCAGUCCCAGAAAGAAGGACAGUUGGUCCAAGGAGGGACGGAUCCCGACACCGGACCUGCUGUCCUCCCAAGACCUGUACGCUGCCGGUUCUCCAGAGAACUCCAGAGAACCGGAGGAGAGCGACGAACUGGACCAGGUUGCGUCCAGACCGGCCGGUUCUGACUCCGAGCAGGGAACCUGCGGAACUCAGCUGUGAAUGAGGACCGAACAGGACACGUUCUGCGGGGGGGGGGGGUCUGUUCAGGCCGGAGAACAGGUUCUCCCUGCUCCCCCGGUCAGGUUCUCUGUGAUCCAGAACUGCAGAACCUCCGACCAGGAAGUGAACUGGCGCUCCAAAGUUCUCCACAUUUCACUGUUCUCCACUUCGUCUCCAGUUGAUCAGGAACGGGUUCCACCUGGAGGGUGUUCCUCAUGUUCUCCGUUCUUUUAUUUUAUCAGCAAUCUUGAAAAAAAAAUCUGUUUUUUAAUUUUCAUUUGUUAAUCAAGAAAUCAGUCAUUUGACAAAUAAAGAUGUUCCCUCAGACGUUCCCUCA